GUGAGGUCGCCAGGAGCAGCGGUGCGUACGCAGUCAUUAUUCGUCCUCGGAUUCAUUGGGAGAGGUUGGAACGUCUCAUAAUGUUUUCCCGUUAUGUGACCAGGGCGGGAGGAGAGAGCGCGCGCGGAGCUGAGCGCCUGAUUCUCGCUUCUCUGAGCGCGCGCCAGGCCACGCGCAGUUGGCCCCCACUGCAGGUGCGAGCCGCAAGCCAAAUGGAGAAGCGUCUCGUUUGGCGUCCACUGUGGUAUUGUCACGUAUACUGUAUGACAAACUGGACCCGGCAACGCAUGGAAGACUAAAAUGGCACAGAGAAGUGGACAGGAAGACCCAGAGCGGUAUUUAUUUGUUGAUCGAGCUGUUGUAUACAAUCCAGCAACCCAGGCUGACUGGACAGCUAAGAAACUGGUUUGGAUUCCUUCUGAGAGGCAUGGCUUUGAGGCUGCCAGUAUCCGUGAGGAGCGUGGAGAUGAAGUCUUGGUGGAGCUUGCAGAGAAUGGUAAAAAGGCAAUGGUUAAUAAAGAUGAUGUCCAGAAAAUGAACCCACCAAAAUUCUCCAAGGUGGAGGAUAUGGCUGAACUAACCUGCCUCAAUGAGGCUUCAGUGCUGCACAAUCUGAAGGAUCGCUACUACUCAGGCUUGAUUUAUACAUAUUCUGGGCUUUUCUGUGUAGUGAUCAAUCCCUACAAAAACCUUCCUAUUUAUUCUGAGAAUAUAAUUGAGAUGUACAGAGGGAAGAAGCGCCAUGAGAUGCCACCUCAUAUCUAUGCCAUCUCCGAGUCGGCUUACAGGUGUAUGCUUCAAGAUCGUGAGGACCAAUCAAUUCUUUGCACAGGUGAAUCUGGUGCUGGAAAGACAGAAAAUACAAAGAAAGUCAUUCAGUACCUUGCUCAUGUAGCUUCCUCCCAUAAAGGGAGGAAAGACCACAACAUUCCAGGGGAACUUGAGCGCCAGCUGCUACAAGCCAACCCCAUCUUGGAGUCAUUUGGCAAUGCCAAGACAGUGAAAAAUGACAACUCAUCACGUUUUGGCAAGUUCAUCCGUAUAAAUUUUGAUGUGACUGGUUACAUUGUUGGGGCCAACAUUGAGACUUAUCUGCUAGAGAAAUCACGUGCUAUUCGUCAAGCUAAGGAUGAAAGAACCUUUCACAUUUUCUACCAAUUACUGGCUGGGGCUGGAGAACAUCUCAAAUCCGACCUACUACUUGAAGGAUUUAAUAAUUACCGUUUUCUAUCCAAUGGUAAUAUCUCAAUCCCAGGACAGCAAGACAAGGAUAAUUUUCAAGAAACGAUGGAAGCAAUGCACAUUAUGAGCUUCACGCACGAAGAGAUCUUAGCAAUGUUAAGGGUGGUGUCGUCAGUUCUUCAGUUUGGAAAUAUUGUCUUCAAGAAGGAGAGAAACACGGACCAAGCUUCUAUGCCAGAGAACACAGCUGCACAAAAGCUUUGUCAUUUACUUGGGAUGAAUGUGAUGGAAUUCACACGUGCUAUCCUGUCUCCACGCAUUAAGGUCGGCAGAGACUAUGUCCAAAAGGCUCAAACUAAAGAACAGGCUGACUUUGCUGUAGAAGCCUUAGCAAAAGCCACAUAUGAGCGACUCUUCCGUUGGCUUGUACACCGUAUCAAUAAGGCAUUGGACCGGACCAAGAGGCAGGGAGCGUCCUUUAUUGGAAUUCUAGAUAUUGCAGGCUUUGAGAUCUUUGAGUUAAACUCAUUUGAGCAACUUUGCAUCAACUAUACCAACGAGAAACUUCAGCAGCUCUUCAACCACACCAUGUUCAUCCUGGAGCAGGAGGAGUACCAACGUGAAGGAAUAGAGUGGAAUUUCAUAGACUUCGGACUGGAUCUGCAGCCAUGCAUUGACCUUAUUGAAAGGCCGGCAAACCCUCCAGGUGUAUUGGCUUUAUUAGAUGAGGAAUGUUGGUUUCCUAAAGCUACCGAUAAGACCUUUGUGGAAAAAUUGGCGCAAGAACAAGGGACACAUCCAAAAUUCCAAAAGCCCAGGCAAUUAAAAGACAAAGCAGACUUUUGUAUUAUCCAUUAUGCAGGAAAAGUUGAUUACAAAGCAGAUGAAUGGUUGAUGAAGAACAUGGAUCCGCUGAAUGACAAUGUAGCUACUCUGCUCCAUCAGUCUUCUGACAAGUUUGUUGCUGAACUGUGGAAAGAUGUGGAUCGCAUUGUUGGUUUGGACCAGGUGGCAGGAAUGAACGAGACUGCUUUCGGGUCUGCUUACAAAACUAAGAAGGGCAUGUUUCGAACAGUUGGGCAGCUAUACAAAGAGUCUCUGACCAAACUGAUGGCAACACUACGAAAUACAAACCCCAACUUUGUGCGGUGCAUCAUUCCCAACCAUGAGAAGAGGGCUGGAAAACUUGACCCCCAUCUUGUGUUGGACCAGCUUCGCUGUAAUGGGGUCUUAGAAGGAAUCCGAAUCUGCCGGCAAGGAUUUCCUAAUCGAAUUGUAUUCCAGGAGUUCAGGCAGAGAUAUGAGAUCCUUACUCCAAAUGCUAUUCCUAAAGGGUUUAUGGAUGGCAAGCAGGCAUGCGAAAGAAUGAUCCGUGCUCUGGAACUGGACCCCAACUUGUAUCGAAUUGGUCAGAGCAAGAUAUUUUUCCGUGCAGGGGUCUUGGCCCAUUUAGAAGAAGAGCGUGACCUCAAGAUCACCGAUAUUAUAAUCUACUUCCAGGCUGUCUGCAGAGGUUACUUGGCCAGGAAGGCUUUUGCUAAGAAGCAGCAACAGUUGAGUGCUUUAAAGGUGCUACAGAGAAACUGCGCAGCCUACCUGAAACUACGUCACUGGCAAUGGUGGCGUCUCUUCACCAAGGUUAAGCCAUUAUUGCAAGUCACACGUCAGGAAGAAGAAAUGCAGGCCAAAGAUGAAGAACUGUUAAAAGUAAAGGAAAAGCAUGGCAAGGUGGAAAGAGAGUUGGUUGAAAUGGAAAGGAAAAAUCAGCAGAUAAUUGAAGAAAAAAACAUCCUGGCUGAGCAGUUGCAGGCUGAGACGGAGCUUUUUGCUGAAGCAGAAGAGAUGCGGGCACGACUCGCUGCCAAAAAACAAGAGCUAGAGGAGAUCCUUCAUGAUCUUGAGUCACGUGUAGAGGAGGAAGAGGAGCGCAACCAGAGUCUGCAAAGUGAAAAGAAGAAAAUGCAGGCACACGUACAGGACCUAGAAGAACAACUGGAUGAGGAGGAAGCUGCUAGGCAAAAGUUGCAGCUAGAAAAAGUGACCGCAGAGGCUAAAAUCAAGAAGAUGGAAGAGGACAUAUUUCUUUUAGAGGACCAAAAUUCCAAGUUCAUAAAGGAGAAGAAAUUACUCGAAGACCGAGUCUCUGAGAUAACUUCCCAGCUAGCUGAGGAGGAGGAGAAAGCCAAGAAUCUAAGCAAAUUAAAGAAUAAGCAGGAGAUGAUGAUCGUUGAUCUUGAAGAGAGGUUGAAGAAAGAAGAGAAGAGCCGUCAGGAACUGGAAAAGGCAAAGAGAAAGUUGGAAGGCGAGACAACAGACCUUCAGGACCAAAUUGCAGAACUACAAGCACAAAUUGAAGAGCUCAAAGCUCAACUUGCCAAAAAAGAGGAGGAGCUGCAGGCUGCAUUAGCACGAGGAGAUGAUGAGGCAGUACAGAAGAAUAACACUCUGAAGCAGGUUAGAGAACUGCAAGCUCAAAUUGCAGAAUUGCAAGAGGACCUUGAGUCUGAGAAAGCAGCACGUAAUAAGGCAGAAAAACUCAAGAGAGACUUAAGUGAAGAGCUGGAGGCAUUGAAAACCGAACUGGAAGAUACACUGGACACCACUGCUGCCCAGCAGGAACUCAGGACCAAACGGGAACAGGAGGUAGCAGAACUGAAGAAGACUAUUGAAGAUGAGACAAAGAACCACGAAGCUCAGAUCCAGGAAAUAAGACAGAGACACGGCACCGCACUGGAGGAGCUGUCAGAGCAGCUGGAGCAGGCUAAAAGAUUCAAAUCCAACCUAGAAAAGAAUAAACAAACCCUGGAGAGUGAUAACAAGGAACUGGCCAGUGAAGUGAAGCAACUGCAGCAAGCCAAAUCUGAUUCUGAGCACAAAAGGAAGAAACUGGAAAGCCAGAUGCAAGAGGCAUUAGCCAAAGGAGCAGAAAGUGAGAGGAUGAGGACUGAGACUGCAGAGAAAUCUCACAAACUACAGGCUGAACUGGACAAUAUCACUGCUCUGUUGGAGGAGGCUGAGAAGAAGGGUAUCAAAGCAGCUAAAGAUGCUACAAGCUUGGAGUCCCAGCUGCAGGAUACACAGGAGCUUCUUCAGGAGGAGACCCGUCAGAAGCUUAACCUGACCAGCCGUAUUCGGCAGCUUGAAGAAGAGAAAAAUAACCUGCAAGAGCAGCAGGAGGAAGAGGAGGAAGCACGCAAGAACCUUGAGAAGCAGGUUGCAACACUUCAGGCCCAGCUAAUUGAAACAAAAAAGAAAGUAGAAGAUGAUAUUGGAGUGAUGGAAGGUCUAGAAGAGAUAAAAAAGAAGCUACAGAAGGAUGUGGAGAGUGUCACUCAGAGGUUAGAGGAGAAGGCAAUGGCUUUUGACAAAAUGGAGAAGACCAAGAACCGACUGCAACAGGAACUCGAUGACCUCAUGGUAGAUCUGGACCACCAGAGGCAAAUUGUUUCUAACCUUGAGAAAAAGCAGAAGAAAUUCGAUCAGAUGCUUGCAGAAGAGAAAAAUAUUUCUGCUCGCUGUGCCGAGGAGAGAGACAAAGCUGAAGCUGAGGCUCGGGAGAAAGAGACAAAGGCUCUUUCACUGGCACGGGCACUAGAUGAAGCAUUGGAGGCCAAAGAGGAAUUUGAGAGGCUUAAUAAGCAGCUCCGCUCCGAGAUGGAAGAUCUUAUGAGCUCCAAAGAUGAUGUUGGAAAGAAUGUCCAUGAGCUGGAGAAGUCUAAGCGCACACUUGAACAGCAAGUCGAGGAGAUGCGAACUCAGCUCGAAGAACUUGAGGACGAACUUCAAGCCACUGAAGAUGCAAAGCUUCGUCUAGAGGUCAACAUGCAGGCCAUGAAGGCCCAGUUUGAUCGGGACCUCCAAACCCGUGAUGAGCAGAAUGAAGAGAAAAAGAGAGCACUGGUUAAGCAGGUGCGAGAAAUGGAGUCUGAAUUGGAGGAUGAGCGUAAGCAGAGGGCAUUAGCCAUGGCUACAAAAAAGAAAUUGGAAAUGGACCUCAAAGAUAUGGAAGGUCAGAUUGAAGCUGCCAACAAAGCACGGGAUGAAGCUGUGAAGCAGCUGCGAAAACUACAGGCCCAGGUUAAAGACUAUCAGCGAGAGCUAGAAGACGCCCGUGCCUCAAGAGAGGACAUCUUUGCUCAGUCUAAAGAGAAUGAGAAGAAGCUUAAGAGCCUAGAGGCAGAGAUCCUGCAGCUACAAGAGGAUCUGGCUGCCUCUGAGAGAGCCCGGCGCCAUGCAGAACAAGAGCGAGAUGAAUUGGCUGAUGAGAUUUCCAACAGUGCAUCUGGAAAGUCUGCUUUACUUGAUGAAAAAAGACGCCUUGAGGCUCGAAUUGCCCAACUUGAGGAAGAGCUUGAGGAGGAGCAAAGCAACAUGGAGCUCCUGAAUGACCGCUUCCGUAAGACCACCAUGCAGGUCGACACGCUAAACACCGAACUGGCUGGUGAGCGCAGUGCUGCACAAAAGAGUGAAAAUGCACGGCAGCAGCUAGAGAGGCAAAACAAAGAGCUGAAAUCCAAGCUUCAGGAGCUGGAGGGCUCUGUAAAAUCCAAGUUCAAGGCCACAAUUGCAACCCUGGAGGCCAAGAUUGCCCAGCUGGAGGAACAAAUGGAGCAGGAAGCCAAGGAGAGAGCUGCUGCCAACAAGCUGGUCCGCCGUACAGAGAAGAAGCUCAAAGAAGUUUUCAUGCAGGUUGAAGAUGAGCGCCGACAUGCAGACCAAUAUAAAGAGCAGAUGGAGAAGGCAAACUCUCGAAUGAAGCAGCUAAAGCGCCAGCUGGAGGAGGCAGAAGAGGAGGUGACGAGGGCAAAUGCUUCUCGUCGCAAGCUGCAAAGAGAGCUUGAUGACACCACAGAGGCCAGUGAGGUCCUGAGUCGUGAGGUCAACACGUUAAAAAACAGACUAAGGCGUGGUGGACUCCUGUCCUUUUCGACUAGCCGUUCUGGGAGACGACAGCUGCAGAUUGAAGGGGAUCUGUCUGAUGACGACACAGACAGCAAAGUCAGCGAUCUCAAUGAGACCCAGAAGAGCACCCAGGCAGAAUAAGAGCCAUUACUACUCCACCCCGUGUCCUGCCAGGUGCAACUUGCAAAGCAUAGCAGGAGGACAGCCGCCUGCUCCAUCCAGCACAUUUACCUGACUGCCUUACUUUGUUUGCAUUGGCAAGCGGCAAGACUACGGACGGCAUUGAAGUAACCCGUCUUCAUAGUGUAGCCUUGGCAUCCUGUACUCUGCUUCAAGAUUUGUGUCCUAGUGCCGUUUAAAAUGAUAUGUAAAAUAGGUAAAAACCAAUCCAUGUGUCACAUAUGCGCAGCGAGAAGCCAUUAUUUAGAGCAGGAACAUCGACUGUUGACAACUUUAAUGUGUACAGGGUUACUGUGCAGUGUUUGAGUAGACCGUAAAAUGAAGCACCCGACCCAAACAGCUCGGGUAUUAAUAAAAAAAAAGCAUUUGUGUUCCACACCCCAGCAGAUAAAAAAAAAUAAAUCUAGUAGUGGAUGUCAUGCAGUCAUCUUCUAGGACUUAAAGCGCCAUUUAAAGGAAUGAAUUCGGUGAAACGUGUACCAUUGAAACACAGAAGCAAGAAAAAGGUAACAAUGUCGCACCUUUGUGUAGUCGAGCCGUAGCUUUCCAGCGAGAUCUGAACUUCCGCUCGUGGCUGUUCCUCCAGUCCUCCUCUCAAUUUUUGCUUUUCUAAAAGAGCCAAGCUUAGCAUUUCAGAGCCCAGUGUGUUCAGUUGGGUAUUUUCUAUGGAAGCAGAAAUAAUCAACCGAAAUAAAAUGUACAGACAGACAAGGUAUGGAGAUUAUUUUCAUAUAUAUAUUUUUUUUUUUUAAACUUUAUUUUCAUUCCUUUUUCUGCAGAACAGAACAAAACUCCUUCUCACGUUCAGAGCCUACUUUUAAAAGUGCCUUAGAUGCUGCUAAGAGAGCAUUCUAGUGAAUAUCUUCAUGUAUCUAUCCUGGCAUGUACGCUUAAUAUUAUGAAGGCAGAGGUGCUCUCCGCUCGUCUGUCGCAUGCAGUUUGAGCACCGCUGUCCGCCGUGACUUACGUGAAAUCAGUGUUAUUAAUUCUGCCUCACUACGCCUUCCACUUUGGGGGGGGGGGAAAGGGCAGAAACCCGUUUUGUCAUUUUUGGUUCAAAGCUUUAACCUUCCUCAUGUAGUUACUUCACUGAACUGGCAACUGAAAACCAGACCUGCAACUAUGAAGAUAUCCAGUUAUUUCUUAUCAAUCUGUAUUUCUAGGUAACAAUUGAUUAUUUUGUAAAGAGACAAUAAAACAUUCAUAGAACCUAAA